GAGCAUUUUAGUUUAUUUCAUUUUUGACUGAUUUAAUCUUGUUGUAUUUUAACGGUCGGAUUAAGAUGUCAAGAUGAAUGAUUUUGAAAAAUUAACUAUAUCAUACGAUCAUCAUACUAUUAAGACACUUCUAACCUACUAGUAUAAAACUAAUUUAGUUCACAUCAUAUUAUUUAUCGUUCAAGUAUUCAAAACUAUCAAAUAAGGUCUAAUUCAAUACUUUUUACGACUUUUUAUAUCCAAUAAAUGUAAUCUCUGUUUUACUGUUCAUUAUACAUAGGUACUAUUUGCAGUAGUUCAAUUAUUGUAAAUCGUUAAUCCCACGAAGGCCUUCAAAUAAAAAACACAUUUUGUAUCCAUGAAUUCAUAAAUUGUUUAAUUGUGUGUGCAACUUCUUCGGGUUAAAGACAGUUUUUAUCUAUAAGUAAAAUAUAAUUCAUAAAACGCUAUCGUUUAAUUCCAGUCUGUAGAGAAUACUGAAUAUUCCUUCGUAAAAAUUAUAGUCUGAACAUAUUAUGUAUUCAAAUUCUUAAUACUAUCCCGCAGGCCUGGUCAUAUUGUUUUCGACGAACACUAAAUUAUCAUUUGAUUUAAACUACAUUUAAGGUUUCCGUUAAUGAUUUCGAGUUCAAAAUACUUUUCUUUAAUGCAUAUAUAUUUAACAAUUAACAUACCUUUCUUGAAAUCGAAUAGAUUUUUAAUGUCUAUGUAUCUCUAGACAAAUGUGUCGUGACCAUAUUUAAUAAUAUAGUACACCUUAAUACGCCUAUCCUAUUACACGGUACGUUAAUUUAAUAGUGUUGACGUUCUAGAAAUCUGAAACGCAAAAUAGAUAAAUAUCUCUUGUAUAUUGUUCUAUUGAAAAUCAACAAAAUUUUAUACUUGGAUAACUUUAUUAGGACAACUAUAAUAACUAAUAAUAUUUUUAAUAAUAAAUGCCCGAGCCAAUCCCACGUUUUACCUUGUUGUGCGUUGUGCGUAUAUACCAAGGGCAUGGUAGGAAUUCGUUUUUUCACAAUCUCCGGCUCAACUAUAUGUAUAAAAUACGUGUGUUGUAUAUAUAUGACAUUUUUUUCUUUUAUUACUGCUUAUGGUUUUGAUUAGGUUUUUAUUCUCGAAAAUAACUAGAAACUUUCGUACUCCAUUUAAGGACGGUAAGGCUGUGGAAAAAGUAAAAAAUCACUUUUUUUGGCAUUGGUCCCUUUGCGGUUGACAGGUUAAACUAAAUUUAGCCCGAUUUAUCUUAUACCGCACUGCUGCACAUGCGAUGACACUUAAAAAAGAUGUAUUUACAUAAAUUUCGCUACCGAAGAAGGGGAUAAGGAAACGAACGGUUUUAUUGCCCUCCUCUAAAUAAACCCCCUCGCGCGGAGUGUCGUCCGCUGUGUGUAACCUCCUCCCCACGCCCAACCCACGCCCACCCAUAACCACAGUAAAAGCAUUCGUUAUACGUUAUAAACCAUCACAACACAUAGGUACUUCUGAACUUGGCGAUAGUAAAACUCACGUUACUGACGACCACGGGGGUGUACAAACUUACGAAAGUUGACUUUUCGUGAAAGACGGAUUCUCUGCCGAUUGGAAUUGUCUUCGAAUGCGUUUUAGUGAAGUAUAUUAUACAGAUUUACACAUACAUGCAUAAUACGCUAUUUACGCGUGUACAUUUACGUUUUGUGAAAGUAUAAAACAUACAUCGCUAUGUUGUGCACACACGUGCCUACAUAGCGCUGGGAGGUUUUUCAUAUAAUAUGUGCUUAUACGUAUAUUAUUAUGAAAUUAUUUUUAUUUGAGUAAUUUUUGUUAACGAAGGUGUUAACGGGGACACACCUGCGGCCGCAGCAGCAGCAACAGCAAUACUUUCCUGUUUCGUCCCGCGUUAUUGCACGCGUCGCGUCGGUUACGCGCGUAUAGGCUGAGAACCCGGCCGUACCCUAAAAAAUAUUAUAAUAAUAAUGAAAACCGACGCCCAUUCGCGCGCGCACAGCAAUCAUAAAUAAUAAUAAUAAUAUUGUAUCAACAUAUUAUUAUCAUAUAAAUACAAUAUAAUAAAGCGUAGUGAGUGUGUUGUGUGUGAGAAAUCUACUCUAAAGCCCAAAAAAAAAACUGACUACUUCGACGAAAUUAUAAUAAUAUGUACGGCGGUAAAGAACGACGGUUCCUCCUCUGCCGCCGCCGAUACAGUCGUACGUUACGUCCGCCGCACGUUCUGAACGCCGAUCGCGCGGCGCCGGUGGUGCACUUGUGCGACUCGCACCGCCGCCGAAGCGGCCACGAUGUUGGCCGGCGCGCUUGACCGCGUGCUGCCGGGCCGCCGGUCGUCAUACCUGCACCGGGUGAACGUGGAACGGCGACCUCCGCCGCCGCCGCAGCUCCGGCCGCACAGUUACCACGGCGGCGCGACGGCCGAGUGUCAACGCCGCGACGGCUUGAGGACGAGUGGACGGAAGUUGGCCGCCAAGUUUUGGUCGUCGUGCGGAUCGUCCCGGUCUUCGGCGUUGGUCGGUGGAUGCGUCCCCCCGGACCCGGUGGCCGUGCGCAAACGGAUGGCCGCCACCGCCGCGGCCACGACCACCUGCAGCAACGGCGGAUUCUCGAACGUUUCGCACACGUGGCGUUUCAAGCGGUUAAGUCAUGGUAGCAAAACGCCAGUGGAGGAACCGUCGGCCAAAUCAACGGAAAUGGCUGAAAGCGGCAGCGGAGCCGCGAUGGCUUCAGCUGCCAAAACUGGAUCAAUCAAAGUACACUUGCCCAACAACGGAUUCAAUAUUGUAAAGUUCAUCGAUAACAUCAAUGUCAAGGGUAUCAUAUCUCUAGUCACGGGACGUUUGGCCAAUGGGUGUCCUCAGUAUCAAGGCGUUUACGGAUUGCAGCUGUACCAUCCGUUAUCUGGCGAGGUUCACUGGUUACAUCAGGAUUGCACAAUGUCCGAGAUUUACCACAAGUACGACGAACAGUAUCCAAUGUCCGAAUGGAGGUUCGAGCUGCGCGUGCGGUACUCGCCCGACGACAUGGAGGACCUGUACGAACGAGAUCGAUUUACUUAUUUCUUCUAUUACGAUCAAGUGCGAUUCGAUUAUUUGAGAAAAAACGACCCGGCGACCCGAGUGGACACGGACAUGGCUGUACAACUCUGUUGUUUACAAAUCAAAUGUUUUUUCCGGGAAGUCCCUCAAAUGUCGUUGGAAAAGAAAUCCAAUUUGGAAUAUCUGGAACGCGAAAUCGGGCUCAACAAAUUCCUGCCCUACUAUAUACUGGAAUCAACGAAACCAAAGAAUUUACGAAAAAUGAUUCAGCAACAGUAUAAAAAACUUUCGCAAACACCGGAAAAAGAAUGCGUGCUACAGUUUCUCAAUCUCGUUUGGUCUUUUUACAAGUACGAUGAAGAACAAUUCAAGUGUUCGAUCGGAUCUGGUUGGACGAUCCCGGUGGAUUUAGUGAUCGGACCGCGACACGGAAUUUCUUACAUAAACAACCAAGGGUCGGCGCCCACCAAAAUGGCGGAUUUUGACCACAUCGAAAAUAUACAGACACUGGUGUCCGAAUGCGAAACACACCGUAAAACCUUGGUGCAGCUUCAAGUAACCGACUCGGCCGAUCCCCUGGUGCUCAGCUGUUCGACGCUCGAGCACAUGUACAGCCUGGCUAAUCUGAUUGACGGUUACUGCCAACUGGCGAGGAAAACGAACAUUUCAUUGUGGAAUAAAAAAGCUGCUAUAUGGAACCGUUUUCCAUGUCCGUGCGAUUCUAAAGAAUCCGGAAAAAUAAAAACCAAAGUGCCCGCAAGAUUUUCCGAUGAUUAUCCAGACGACGGUCCGAUCGAAGAAGAAGGCGAUUACUCAACACUUGCUAAUUGUAAUUACGAGCUGUUCCGCGACCAGGUUGAAUUGGGUGAAAUCAUAGGAGAAGGCCAAUUUGGCGAUGUGCACAAAGGAGUAUGUCACAUGCGUUCAAUAAAAAAUAAACCGGGAAAUGCUGUAGCAGUGGCCAUAAAAACGUGUAAACCUGAUGCAGAUAUGGCCACGACAGACAAAUUUUUGGAAGAAGCAUACAUUAUGCAACAGUUCGAUCACCCGCACAUCAUACGACUGAUCGGAGUUUGUUGUUCGCCGCCCGUGUGGAUAGUCAUGGAAUUGGCCAAGCUAGGUGAGUUACGGGCAUACUUGCAGAACAACCAGGCCCACUUGGACUUAGCUACUCUUAUCCUGUAUUCGUAUCAACUUUCCACGGCUCUGUCGUAUCUAGAAUCUAAGAAGUUUGUUCACAGAGACAUUGCUGCCAGAAACGUACUGGUGUCGUCACACCACUGCGUAAAGCUGGCCGAUUUUGGUCUGUCGCGGUGGGUCCAAGACCAGAGCUACUACAAGGCGUCCAAAGGAAAACUGCCGAUCAAGUGGAUGUCGCCGGAGUCGAUCAAUUUUCGGCGGUUCACCGCUGCCAGCGAUGUCUGGAUGUUCGGAGUGUGCAUGUGGGAGAUAUUGAUGAUGGGCGUGAAACCGUUCCAGGGGAUCAAGAACAAUGACGUGAUUGGCAAAAUCGAGAACGGCGAGCGGCUUGCGUUGCCGCCCAAGUGUCCCCCAAGACUGUACAGUCUCAUGUCGCAGUGUUGGUCGUUCGAGCCCAGCAAGAGACCCACGUUCAGAGACGUCAAGGAAGUGCUUAAUGAGAUAUUGAUCGAAGAGAGACACCAGCAGAAGGAAACACUCCGGAGAGAAAAUCGCAGGGUGCAUACUCUGUCUUGGGGAUCCAGCGGCUCUCUCGACGACCCGUCUGCGCCGCCCAAACCUUCCCGCCAGCCGAGCGUGGACCUGCACAACAACAAGUCCGAGCUGCCCGUGUCCACUUACAUAGUGGCACAGAACGCCGAGGUGCUCGCCCACCUGUUGAAGGAGAACUAGCAGCGGGGCGUUGUCAACCCGUCGGUGUACACGACCCCGGCAACCGGAUUCAACACGGUAACCGUAGAUUUCCUUAAUGACGUCGACGACGACAAAACCAUUUCGGCCGGGAACAGUAUACUGAGCAUGGACUCUGUGGGACUUAUCCCAAUGGACGGCGGCGGCGGCGGCGGCGGCGGUGGUGGUGGUGUCGCCGUCCAGCCGUCCACUAACAAGACGUUGCCUAGGAACUUUACUUCGGGGGCGGCUUCGCUACUAACGCUACCGCCAAACUCGGCGGACAAGAGCAGGCGAUGUUCAGACGGCAGUCUGGGCACGUGCGCCGCCGCCGCUGCUGCUGCCGCUACAGCGGCGACCGGUGGAGGAAUGAAUAACGAUGAGGGAGUCAAACAUUUUGCAAACAACUCUAUCGGUGUAUAUGAUAAUGAACCAUUGUCUGAAGUUGAACAGUUGGAACGCAAGCUGAGACAACAACAAAUUGAGUCUGAGAGGGACAACUUAUGGCUGGCCGAAGAAGAGACAAACUUAAAAAAGCGACUGUCUUUAGUAGCCAGUGUGUCAGACAAUGAAUCUAUUGAUGGUAGAUCAUCGUUGACACCUCCUUCUUCCCUAGAUCGAAGCACUAAAACAAAACCUACAGAAGAACGGGUUGUUGUAAUAAAGAAACUCGAACCCACUCCAACAGCCGAUUUGGACAGAACUCAUGAUAAAGUAUAUGAGUGUACGACACUGGUUGUCAAGGCUGUUAUGACCCUUUCGCAAGGGGUUCAACAAAAUCAGACUGAUCGAUAUUUGGAACUAGUCAAGGAGGUUGGUCUCCAACUCAGAGCUUUAUUGACAAGUGUUGAUAGCCUGGUACCAUAUUUCCCUCAAAGUGCUCACAAACAGGUGGAAAUGGCACAUAAAGUUCUCAGCAAAGACAUGGCCGAGCUAGUCAACGCUAUGAAACUUGCUCAAAAUUACUGUCACACUGCUGUUGAUUAUUUGUAUAGCAAAGAAAUGUUGUCUUCAGGCCAUAUUUUGGCUAUGGAUGCCAAAAACUUGUUAGAUGUUGUCGACUCUGUGCGCAUGCAAUAUCCUGAAGUAGAAGCGAUGAUUAGAGGCCGGCAGUCUGAGACAGCCAAAGAACAACACCAUGGUGUAACCGCCUCAUAGUAGUACAUUUUAUAGUAUGCAUUCCUAAUUCAUUACGCAUCUAUCAUACACCAAUAUUAUUGCAAUUAUUUAUUUUUUUUUUUUUAUGUAAUAAUUAAUCGACUGCCUAGUAACUUUAUUAAAAAUUAUUUAUUUUUUUUUACUAAAUUUGUAAAUAGUAUAUUAACGAAAGAUAUUUUAUAGUAUUUUACAUUUUCGAAUAGAACUCAUUGUAUUUGAUGCUAUUUAAGUAUAUAUUAUAUUAUAUACAAUUUAUAAAAUGCUUUUUAUCGCUGUUAAAAUUUGGAAUUAUUAUUUGUUCCUUUUAUAAUUCAUGGGUGCGUAUGUGAAAAAAUAUUUUGAUCCCAAUCUUACUAGUCAUAAAAUAUUUUUACCCCUAAAUAAUAUUAUAUUAUACGUAACUUAUUUCCAAAUAAAUGGAAUCAAUAACCGUAUCUAGUGUGUAAAGAAAUAACUAAGUCUAUUUGUUUUAUUAUUUUCUCUGCGUGAUGUGAAUGCAUGUUGAAAUUAUACCAAUUUUUAUUUUUGUGUUGUAUCAAACCAAAUGUGUGAGUGUUCUAUUUAGUGGUUUUAAGUGAGAGAACUAAUGGUUUCCGUUUGAAAAAUUCU